AUGGGAAUCAGAUUCAUAUUGAUGGUGAACAAGCAAGGGCAGACCCGUCUUGCCCAAUACUAUGAAUACCUCACUCUCGAAGAAAGACGAGCCCUUGAAGGCGAAAUCGUCCGCAAAUGCCUCGCUCGUAACGAACAACAGUGUUCAUUUGUCGAGCAUCGGAACUACAAAAUUGUAUACAGGCGAUAUGCUUCAUUGUUCUUUUUGGUUGGAGUUGACAAUGAAGAAAAUGAGCUUGCAAUUUUGGAAUUCAUACAUCUGGUAGUUGAAACAAUGGACCGCCAUUUUGGCAACGUUGUAAGUACAUUCCCAUCUUGUGAGCUGGACAUCAUGUUCCAUCUGGAGAAAGCACACUUUAUGCUGGAGGAAAUGGUCAUGAAUGGGUGCAUUGUUGAGACAAGCAAGUCUAACAUUCUGACUCCGAUACAACUGUUGGACAAAGCAUCUUAGGGAGUGAUUCAACAUUUGCAUUCGACAGUGUUCUCAAUGCAUCCAGAAGAAAUUGGCGUCAUUGUUAGUUCUGUUGUGGUAGAGACAUUGUUUCAACACAAACCUGAAAUAUUAUCAAAGCAAAGACGAUUUGCAGUAAUGCUGGUAUUGCAGUGGAUCUAACUUCUCUGAGUACCUGUUCAAUUCUCUCGCCAGGUUGAAGAGUCUUGUCCUUUUGGAAUCUUGAACCUUAUUGAGGUGAGUUCUAGCAACAAGUAUAAAUAGGAUUUGUACUGCUUUGCAGUGGCUUUUUUGUGUUCUUUUUAAUCUUCCUCGGUCACUUUCUCUAACGAAGGCCUUAAAACUAACCAAAGCUACUCUGUGCUCGUUUAGAAACUCGUUCAAAAGUGAGUCAUUAGAUAGACAAAUCAAACUCUAAUAUAUUGUAAUCUUGGUGAAUUUAUGAACUUGGCUCAAUAAACAAGUGGUAUGCUAUGUACAAAAUUGAGCUAUUUGUGCCUGGCUCGAUUA